AUGGAUGGUGCUGUGGGUGCCACACAAUGUCCCAUUCCUCCUAACACUGAGAUGACAUACAAAUUCAAAGCUUCGCCUGCAGGUACUUCAUGGUAUCAUGGUCACUUUCUGGAUCAAUAUGCAGAUGGUCUUUUUGGUCCAUUGAUUAUUCAUCGACGAGUAGAGCCGAAUAAAGAACACUAUGAUACUGAGCGUAUACUGAUGGUAUCUGAUUGGUAUAAUGAUGUUGCACGAACAAAGUUAUCACGUUGGUAUCUGAGCACAAACAAUCCAGAAGGCAUUGAGCCCAUACCUGACGCUAUUAUUGUGAAUGGCAAGUUUUCUCAGUCGUUGUUCGUGAAAGCCAACGGUGCAAAACAUAUUCGUUUUAGAAUAAUCAAUGCUGCCGCAUUUUCUAUGUAUAGUUUUUCAAUCGAUGGAUUACCAUUACAUAUUAUUGAACUUGAUCAGACACCGGUUAAACCAUACACAGUAUCUUCCUUUGUUAUCAACGUUGCUCAACGGGUUUCUUGCUAUGUGAAUUUGGAUGAAUUUGACCAAAGCCUUGUACCUGCUGAAGUGCCAAAGACAAAAUCAAUUUACAUUCGAUUUAGAGCGAUGGCAGACAUGUACCCAGUUGAUAUUAGAAGCUAUAUCGCUCCAUAUGCAACUCCACGUUAUCCGUAUCCCAUAUUUUUCAACCCAUUUUAUCUGGCUGUUUUAUCAUUCGAUUCAAGUAAUUCAUUGCCUACAUAUCCAGUCCAUCAAGAAAGAACCGAAUCGAGUGGUACAGAUUCAGAUCCCGAAGAUACUAAUAUCUUAGGUGCUCGACCAUUCUAUCGCACAAAUAAUCGAAUACCCGAUGCAACGCAUUUUCUGAAACUUGUUAUCACAUUCGGCCCGGAUUCCAAUAACAUCAAUCGUGCAUAUUUUAACGGUGUUUCGUAUGGCUCUGCUUCGAAUCAUGGUAGCCAUCAAGUGAGUAAUACGAAAUGCGUCACAUCGAACAAAAUACCAUUACUUCAUCAGAUGGCAAUGAGACCUAACAAUCUUGGCAUUCCAUCUCCAAUCAUGACGAAUGCAAGUCGAUUGCCAGUUAUACAAAGUGAUCGAAAUGGACACUACUUAUUUCCAUUUGGAGCCGUCGUCGAUAUUCUUUUGCAGAACACAGAUGAGGGUGAGCAUCCAUUUCAUUCUCAUGGUUAUAACUUUUGGAUCAUAUCAACUUCGGAAAAUCCUCAAGCGGAAAACUUAUAUCGUGGAGCAUAUCUACAACGAGAUGUGGUGAGCGUGCCAGCUAAUGGCUGGGUCAAAAUACGACUUUUAGCCAAUAAUCCGGGUGCUUGGCUCUUCCAUUGUCACAUUGAAUGGCAUAUGGAUGCGGGACUAGCUGCAGCUUUUAUAGUUGGUCCCAACGCAUUGCUAGCACAAGGCUAUAAAAUUAAUCCUGCGCACAAGCAUAUCUGCUCAAAAUAG